GGCUCUCACUGUGUCCCUAUGGGGGCUCUCGCUGUGUGUCCCUAUGGGCUCUCACUGUGUCCCUAUGGGCUCUCACUGUGUGACCCUACGGUCUCUCACUGUGUCCCUAUGGGGGUCUCUCACUGUGUGUCCCUAUGGGGGGGUCUCACUGUGUGUCCCUACGGUCCCUCACUGUGUCCCUACGGUCCCUCACUGUGUCCCUAUGGGCUCUCACUGUGUCCCUAUGGGGGCUCUCGCUGUGUGUCCCUAUGGGCUCUCACUGUGUCCCUAUGGGCUCUCACUGUGUGACCCUACGGUCUCUCACUGUGUCCCUAUGGGGGUCUCUCACUGUGUGUCCCUAUGGGGGGGUCUCACUGUGUGUCCCUACGGUCCCUCACUGUGUCCCUACGGUCCCUCACUGUGUCCCUACGGUCCCUCACUGUGUCCCUAUGGGCUCUCACUGUGUGUCCCUAUGGGGGGGUCUCACUGUGUGUCCCUCCAGUCCCUCACUGUGUCCCUAUGGGGUCCCUCACUGCGUCCCUCCGGUCCCUCACCGUGUCCCCGUGUGCCCUCACCGUGUCCCCGUGCGCCCGGCCGCCCCGCAGGACGCGCAGGAGCUGCUGGUGGAGACGCCGGCGGAGCGCGGGGUGGGCGCGGUGCAGCUCGCCGGGGAUCGCGACGGCGUCUUCGUGCUGGAGGCGCAGCGCGGCAGCGGCCUCCGCCAGGGUGACCGCCUGCUGAGCGCCCGCGUGUUCUUCGAGCGCAGUGAGGACGCGGCUCAGGUGCUGCGCAGCGCCCGGCAGUGCCGCGUUUCCUUCUGCCUCAAACGCCGCGUGCCGCCCCCCCGCGCCCCCCCCGCGCCCACCGCCCCCGACGCCAGAGGACCCCUGGCCAAGGUGGCCCGGCUGAACCUGCUUAGCCUGACAGCUCUGCGGAAGGGACCCCCGGCGCCCCCCCCCGUGGACGUGGAGCUGGCGCUGCCCAAACUGUCCCUGCUGUCCCCCCGCGCCGUCCCCCCCCCGGGACCACCUUCGGUGACGACGACCACCGAGGGGGGGAUCCCCGAGAAGGGGCGGGUGGCGGAGGGGGGGGUCCCCAAGGUGGGGGUCCCCAGGGUGGGGGUCCCUCCGGUGCCCCCGGGGGGGGGCGGCAGUGCCGGUGCCGUCGUUGGACAUCGCGGUGCCCAAAGUGGGGGUGACGCUGGGGCUGCCCGGAGCCGCCGACGGCACCGCCGAAACUUUGGGUCGAAAACUGCCCAAAUUGGAACUUUUGUGCCCCAAAGUUUGCGGUGACUUCGAGGGGGGGCCCAAAAUGGCCGCUUUAGAAGUGACCGCCCCCCCCGUGGCUUUGGAAGUGGCGUUGGGGGAGAAAAAGGGAGCCGGGGAUAAAGGGGGGGGCAAAGGGACCCCCAAAGGGUGGCAGUUGGGGGGGGUCCGCCUGGGGGGGUCCAGCCCCGACCUCCGUGCGGAGGGGGGGGACCCCAAAGUGGGGGGUGGAGUGGGGGGGGGGGCGGCGCCUGGGGGGCUCCGUCCCCAACAUUGGG